GUGGCCCUGGUGGAUAAGAUGGCAUUUGUUCUGAAGGGCACAGGCCCUGCCUUAUUGAUGCUGCUCCCUCUGUGGGUGCUUCCUGGAUGCUCUGAAGACCUAGCCUGGCAAGAUUUCAUGAAGCAACACCAUCUCAGUCUGGGCCUGGAUUUCAGCCAGUUGAGCUGUGAAGGUCUUAUGGGUGCCAUGGAAUCUCUGAAGGGGAAAGCCUCCCAUACCUUCAUCUAUGCCAUUUGGAGCCAAAUAGAAGAUAUAUGCUGUAGGGAUGGGUUAGAUUGCUAUGAGAAUGUGCGGGUAUGGAGCACGAAACCUUUCAAAAUCCUUACCUGUGAGCAGUUGGAGUCUGGUCAAGGCUAUAGGGGCACCAGAAGCUAUAGCUAUGUAGAGCUCCACUGUGGCCUGAAUGGAUUCCCUGUGAGCCUGGAGGAUGCCAAGGUGAAAAAGAAAAUUUCAAAUUAG